CUGCCGGGGAGGGCGCCUCCGCCGGGGUCCUGCAGGGCGAAGCCGCCGUUGCCGAGGAGAUGCGUCCCGACGAGCGGGGGGGAGCGGGAGCGGAGCAGCCCCGGAGCGGCGGCGGCGGCGCGGAGGCGAUGGCCGAGGCUGGAGGCGGCACCCCCGGCCGACGGAGCUCUGGGCGGGGCGGCCGGGGCGUGUUUCCGGCCAGCUCAGCAGCCGCCUUCCGCUCGGCCGCGACGAGCGCCGGUAGCAGCGGAGAGGCCGCGGUGCGCCCCGCGAACAGCAGAGCCCCGCCCGGGAGCGUGGAGACGGCUGCGAAGAGGAACGGGAAGAAGCCGGAGAAGCGCCGCCGCCAUGCUGAGCGUGUUCCGCUCCAUCCCCACGCAGAUGGUGAUGUGGUCAAGCCUGCAGAGGAGGUGUUUUCAGCCACUGACUACAAGGGCCAAAAAUUAGCAGAACAGAUUUUUCAAGGAAUCAUUCUUGUCUCUGCAGUAAUUGGUUUCAUCUAUGGGUACAUCACUGAACAGUUUGGAUGGACUGUCUACAUAGUUAUGGCUGGAUUUGCUUUAUCAUGUUUGCUGACGCUCCCUCCGUGGCCCAUGUACCGCCGCAAUCCCCUCAAGUGGCUGCCUGUCCAGGAGUCGGGCACGGAAGAGAAGAAGGCAGCAGACAGGAAGCCAAAGAGACAUUCUAAAAGCUAGAUAUUACAGUUUCCAGGCUGUUAGUUUGUUAAAUUUUGUUAAAUUAAUUUCCAUGGAGAAAUACUUCCUGGCUUAGUGUUUGGGUUUUUUCCUAGUACUUUGUAUAUUACUAUGAGUACAACCAAGCUCUGCAGGGAGCAUGAAGGCUGGAAAUUGGGUCUGGAGUUUCAGGGGAGUCACUGGGAACACAGGGAUGGGGGGGAUUAACUUCAGAAGGCUACUACUGGAGGUCACAUCUUGAGUAUUUCACUGAAAAGGAACACAGUGAAUCAAAUGAAUUCUAGUUAAGCUGAUGCCAUAGCCUGAAAGAUUAAUAAACAGCAGAACUUGUA